CCAUUCACCAAACGCUUUAAUUGGAAAUUGUAAACAUAGAUAUAUAAUUGAAUUCUCUUGUGAAAGUAAAUAUAAUUUAAUUAAAUUAAGUGAGGAGAGAGAAAAUGAAAAAAAAAGUCCCGGAAAAUGCUGCUAAUUGGCUCGAAGUUUUCCGGACGUAGAGACGAAACUCUAAACCCUGUUUUCUCUCUCUUCACCUGUCUCUCAUUCAGUCAUUCUCUCUGCAUUUCCCCUCUUUCUCUCUCUAGAUUUUCUCUAAAUUGUAAACAUACAUUUUAAGAUCCCUCCAAAAAAUAAAGGAGCUAUCUUUUGUCAAGAUCUCUUUUUUUCAAAAACUGGGUUUAUCUUUUUUUACCUUUUUUGUUUGUUUUUGUAGUUUGAAUCAAAGAAGUCAAGCAUUGUGAUCAUCGCAGCCAAUUUUGAUUUCUGGGCUUCGGUGGUUUAUUGGAAUUUUCAGCUGAAAAUUUGAAGGGAUGGGAUCCCAUGAGACGAUUUUAAUUUUCUUAAGACGUCUGAAUUGAGAGUUGGAAAGCUUAAGAUAUGGCAAAGGGUAGGAUUAGGGCAAAGUUUCGUCGGAGCAAUCUUUACACAUUUUCCUGUGUCCGGCCUCAACAACCGAAGCCUGAUGAUCCGAGCUCAUUGCCUGAGGGGCCGGGCUUUUCUCGACUUGUAUAUUGCAACCAAUCUGAACUUCAUCGCAGAAAACCUCUUAAAUACCGGUCUAAUAAUAUCUCGACUACUAAAUACAAUGUCAUUACAUUUCUUCCAAAGGGUCUCUUUGAGCAGUUCCGCCGUGCUGCCAAUAUGUACUUCCUCUUGGCUGCAAUUCUGUCUGUUACCUCAGUGUCGCCUUUUGGUGCAGUUAGUAUGAUUGCUCCUUUGUCCAUUGUGGUUGGGCUUACUAUGGCCAAGGAAGCUGUGGAGGAUUGGCGUAGGUUUAUUCAAGAUAUGAAGGUCAAUAGUCGAAAAGUUUGUCUUCACAAAGGGGAUGGCGUGUUUGGGGAUAGGUCAUGGCAAAAUAUUUGUGUUGGAGAUGUGGUAAAAGUAAAGAAAGAUGAGUUUUUCCCAGCGGAUAUGUUGCUGCUGUCUUCAAGUUAUGAGGAUGGUAUAUGCUAUGUGGAGACUAUGAACUUAGAUGGUGAGACGAACUUGAAAGUAAAGAGAGCUCUAGAAGUAACCUUACCAUUGGAUGAGGACACUUCAUUCAGGGAUUUUAAGGCAAUGAUCAGAUGCGAGGACCCAAAUCCCAACCUUUACACAUUUGUUGGUAAUCUGGAUUUCGAGCGCCAAAUCUUUCCUAUUGAUCCAAAUCAGAUUCUUCUAAGGGACUCAAAGCUCAGGAAUACUGGUUAUGUCUAUGGAGUUGUUAUAUUUACUGGACAUGACAGCAAAGUGAUGCAAAAUGCAACAGAGUCCCCUUCAAAAAGAAGUAGGAUAGAGAAGAAAAUGGAUCAUAUCAUUUACAUCCUUUUUUCUGUGCUUGUGUUGAUCUCCUUGAUUAGCUCAAUUGGCUUCUCAGUGAGGACCAAGUAUGACAUGCCAAAGUGGUGGUACUUGAGAGCCCCAGACUCCAAGGGCUUGUAUGAUCCUACUAGGCCAGCAUUGUCUGGUCUCUUCCAUCUUGUCACCGCACUCAUACUGUAUGGGUACUUAAUCCCAAUCUCACUGUAUGUUUCUAUUGAGUUUGUAAAGUUUCUGCAAGCCAUCUUUAUUGAUCAGGACAUACACAUGUAUGAUGAAGAAUCAGGAACACCAGCACAGGCUAGGACAUCAAAUUUGAAUGAGGAAUUGGGGCAAGUUGACACAAUCCUGUCAGACAAAACUGGUACUUUGACAUGCAAUCAAAUGGAUUUUCUCAAGUGUUCUAUUGCGGGUGUUGCAUAUGGCACACGUUCUAGUGAAGUUGAACUAGCUGCUGCUAAACAGAUGGCUAAGGACCUGGAGGAGCAAGAUGCAGAAAUGUCUGAUUCUACAUUCAGAAGGUCAGAAAUAGAGUUGGAAACUGUAAUAACUUCCAGAGAUGAGAGAGAUUAUAAACCCAUGAUCAAAGGCUUCAGUUUUGAGGAUGACCGGCUCCUUGGUGGCCAUUGGUUAAAAGAACCUAAUAUGCAGACUAUGCUGUUGUUUUUCCGCAUUCUUGCAGUCUGUCAUACUGCCAUCCCAGAGCUAAAUGAAGAGACUGGGACUUACACUUAUGAAGCAGAGUCUCCUGAUGAAGCUGCUUUUCUUGCGGCUGCCAGGGAAUUUGGUUUUGAAUUUGUCAAAAGAACCCAAUCAACUGUUGUUGUUCGUGAGAGAUAUCCUAACCAUGGACAACCUGUUGAAAGGGAGUAUAAAAUUCUUACUCUUUUAGAUUUCACAAGCAAGAGAAAACGGAUGUCUGUAAUAGUGCGUGAUGAGGACGGCCAGAUCCUUCUCUUCUGCAAAGGAGCAGACAGCAUAAUUUUUGAUCGGCUCUCAAAAAAUGGAAAAACGUAUCUGGAAGACACCACAAAGCAUCUGAAUGAAUAUGGAGAUAAUGGGUUGCGUACAUUAGCCCUCGCUUAUAAAAAGCUUGAAGAGUCUGAAUUCUCUGAUUGGAACAAUGAAUUUCUGAAAGCUAAGAGCUCGAUUGGGAGUGAUAGGGACGUAAAUCUGGAGCGGGUUUCAGAUAUGAUGGAGAGAGAUUUAGUUCUCGUAGGUGCAACAGCUGUUGAAGACAAGCUGCAGAAAGGGGUCCCUGAAUGUAUUGAUAAACUUGCACAAGCUGGUCUCAAGAUAUGGGUUCUCACUGGUGAUAAAAUGGAAACUGCUAUAAAUAUUGGUUUUUCUUGCAGUCUCCUUCGUCAAGGCAUGAAACAGAUAUGUAUAACAGCAGCUCAUGUUGAAGGAACUAGCAAUGACUCAAAAGAGGCUAUCAAGGAGAACAUAACAUUACAAAUUACCAAUGCUUCUCAAAUGAUCAAGCUUGAAAAGGAUCCACAUGCUGCGUUUGCCUUGAUCAUUGACGGGAAAGGUUUGACCUAUGCUCUAGAAGAUGAUAUGAAGUAUCAGUUCUUGAGUCUAGCAGUUGAGUGUGCAUCAGUUAUUUGCUGUCGUGUUUCUCCCAAGCAAAAGGCACUGGUAACGAGGUUGGUCAAAGAAGGGACUGGAAAAACCACUUUGGCCAUUGGUGAUGGUGCUAAUGAUGUUGGAAUGAUCCAAGAAGCUGAUAUUGGUGUGGGCAUUAGUGGGGCUGAAGGUAUGCAGGCGGUGAUGGCUAGUGAUUUUGCCAUUGCACAGUUUCGGUUUCUGGAAAGAUUGUUGCUUGUACAUGGACAUUGGUGUUACAAGAGAAUAGCUCAAAUGAUUUGCUAUUUUUUCUACAAGAACAUAGCUUUUGGCCUCACACUCUUUUAUUUUGAGGCUUUUGCUGGCUUUUCGGGGCAAACAAUCUAUGAUGAUUGGUAUUCUCUCUCUUUCAAUGUAAUCCUCACCUCAUUGCCUGUCAUUUCUCUUGGAGUUUUCGAGCAGGAUGUUUCUUCAGAUGUCUGCUUGGAGUUCCCUGCACUAUAUCAGCAAGGCCCAAGAAACCUGUUUUUUGACUGGUAUAGGAUAUUUGGAUGGAUAGGAAAUGGGCUCUACACUUCUGUAAUAGUAUUUUUCUUCAACAUCAUCAUCUUCUACAAUCAAGCAUUUCGCUCUGGAGGCCAGAUUGCUGACAUGUCUGCAGUCGGAACCAUCAUGUUCACCGGAAUAAUCUGGGCGGUAAAUUUUCAGAUUGCCCUCACGAUGAGUCAUUUUACUUGGAUCCAACAUUUGCUUGUUUGGGGCAGUAUUGGAAUGUGGUACAUAUUUCUGUUGAUAUAUGGUGCAAUGCCUUCUACUGUAUCUGGAAAUGCUCAUAAGCUGCUCGUGGAAGCCCUUGCACCUGCACCUAUUUAUUGGACCACAACUCUCUUGGUAACAAUUGCGUGUGUUCUUCCCUACUUCGCUCAUAUUGUGUUCCAACGAUCUUUCAACCCGUUGGAUCACCAUAUAAUCCAAGAGAUUAAGUACUAUAAGAAGGAUGUUGAAGAUCAAAAUAUGUGGGUCAGGGAACAAUCCAAAGCACGGCAAACGACGAAGAUUGGUUUUAGUGCAAGAGUCGAAGCCAAAAUCAGACAGUUAAAAACCAAACUGAACAAGAAGCAUUCUGGAACUGGCACAGCCUACCAAUCUCCUGUAUCAUAAUUGAUUUCUUUUUGUUUUUCUUUCUUUUCACCUUUUUAGGCUUGAUUUUACAAGAUCUCCCAUUUUGUUAGGUGGUUUGGGCUUUGGCUUUCUCUUUUUUUUUUUUUUUUUUAUUCAUAUAUCAGCCAUUUUUUCAUGGUAUCCUCUAUGUCCCACAUUCAUUGAACAAGAGCUUAAUAUAGCUGUUGUAUAUACCAUAUCUAUACGAGUAAAUCAAUAGUACAUCUUGUGAAUCA